AUGAUCAUCUUCCGUCGUACUGGUACUGUAGUUGUGUGGAUGAACGUAAGAAGGGUGAAGGCAGUGGCUGACCAUAAAGUGAUGCUGGAAGCCCACGCUUGGAGCGCUUGGGGGAUUGCAGGGGGAUUGGAGGAAGGCGCUCAGCGCUCACAUUCGGCAGACGCGGGUAUGAGGAGCAACACUAGCUGGUCUGUUGGACAAAGUAAUUACUUACCGCGGACUUUUACCAAGCAGAACUCCUGGAAAGCGCCAACCCCCAAACAACGUGCUACUAGCAAGACGUUUGCCAACAGCGUCAGACACGUCUUGAAAUUCAGGCCCUCCAACCAUCAGAUGCGUCGUCAAACCCGUAAACAACUCUCAGAGCUGCGUACCGCAGCGGCAAAGGAACGGGAGACUCAUGUGUUCUGUGACAUAUGGAAUAGAGUAACAGAUGCUCCCUGCACAAAACCUCCCCUUCGUCGCCGCAGUGCUGCUGCAAAAGUUAUUGGGCAACAGUACAUGGAAUUGAGCCCAGAGCUUCAGAAGGUGGCUUCUCCCUCCGACCACCGGCCAAUGAACUUGAGGAUGCUGUCCCGCUGUAUGGAUGCCGGAAAUGCAUGGUCAAGGUCCGAACGGCGCGGUGCACUAUCAACUCACUUGAGGCUGAUUGUUUUGGGCCGGCCUCGCGAUGCGCUGACAAACUCCGACGGCACUCCCCCCAGCGGUGACGGCGCUCCUCACCCCACCGGCGGGGACACUCCUCCCCCCAGGUCCCCUGGCUACACUGCCGGGCCCCCUCCCACAGUGCGCACUCAACGUAGUUUUGACCCGCUGCCCAUCUCAGAAAUGCGUCGAUACAAGCGCCACCUUGAGCCUGAGUUUGUGUUGGAUGCCCCCACCGCCUCAGCUCGCCGAUCCCGGACCACAUCGGCUGCCAGUGUUAUUCAGACGUUGAUGCCAAAGCCAGCUGAUGAUCCCGUGGAGGGAGCAUUCUGGGGUGCCAUUGUCGCUGCCGAGGAGGAGACUGCGGAUGAAGAUGCCGUGGGUGAGGAGAUUGACGCCCAGAUCAAUGUUCCUGAUCCCGCAAUGGAUGUUGAUGCUACUCAGCGUGUGGAGCGAAGUUAUGAACAGAGGCUCGGCCUUCUGAACCUCCUCCCGUUCAAGGAUCAUCAUGGGCAUCUUCAGCACCCUGUCGGACACAUGGAGGAGUUCAUUGUCCAUAUGAACAUAAGUUGCUCGGGGGCCUCAAACCCGAAUGGCAACCAGGAACGAUGGAUAGAAAGCGUCGCCAUGUCUUUGUCUCUAUUCUUAUGGAUCUGA